AUGGCUCCAGUUAUUCAAAAGAAGAAAAACCCUGCUUCCAAGGAGGACAUUCAAAAGGAUUUUGUCGAAGCAAUUAACCUAUCCUUUACAUCCUACAAGAAUCAAGUUAAAAAUAACCGUAAAUUGAGACUGAUCGAUAUCUUCGGUGCUAUUUUGGUCGUCGUUGGUAUUUUCCAAAUAGCUUUUGUUGGUAUGAUCCAAGAUAAUUAUCCUUUCAAUGCUUUCCUAGCCGGUUUCAUAAUAUGUGUAGGUCAAUUCGUCCUAUUGAUGUGUUUGAGAUUGCAAUUGACCCAUCCAUUCGAAGGGAUCUCUAAGAGCAAAGCAUUUGGUGAAUUUAUCAUUGCUAGUUUGAUCCUACAUUUUACUUGUCUACAUUUCAUUAAUUAG